UCCGCCGCUGCCCGCCCGCCCGCGCGCCCGAACUGAGCAUCUCCCGCCGGGCGGACUCGUGGGCCUGAUCAGGAUGGAGUGGAUGUGGGCGCUCGUGCUGCUGGCCGCGCUGGGCAGCGGCCGGGCCGAGCGCGACUGCAGGGUGAGCAGCUUCCGAGUCAAGGAGAACUUCGACAAGGCUCGGUUCUCUGGGACAUGGUACGCCAUAGCCAAGAAAGACCCCGAGGGCCUCUUUCUGCAAGACAACAUCAUCGCUGAGUUCGCCGUGGACGAGAAUGGCCACAUGAGCGCCACGGCCAAGGGUCGAGUCCGUCUUCUGAGUAAUUGGGAAGUGUGUGCAGACAUGGUGGGCACCUUCACAGACACCGAAGACCCUGCCAAGUUCAAGAUGAAGUACUGGGGAGUAGCCUCCUUUCUCCAGAAGGGAAACGAUGACCACUGGAUCAUUGACACUGACUACGACACAUACGCCCUGCAGUACUCCUGCCGCUUGCUAAACCUGGAUGGCACCUGUGCUGACAGCUACUCCUUCGUGUUUUCCCGUGACCCCAAUGGGCUGCCCCCGGAGACACGGAAGCUGGUGAGGCAGCGGCAGGAGGAGCUGUGCCUGGACAGGCAGUACCGGUGGAUCGAACACAACGGUUACUGUCAAAGCAAACUCUCAGGAAACAUUUUGUAGCACCAUCAAGGAUGUAGUUACAUUUUACAACUUGUGAUUUACUUUCGUUCAGUCUUUAUCUGUAUUUAUCUUACAAGUUUAGUUUCCCCCUCCCAUGUCCCCUCAGUACACACAAAAUACAUGCAGGAAUGACUGAAUCUUCUCAUCCAAAUGUAUACUUUACUUAAGCUCCCUGAGGGACUAUCUGAGGCUUGGGAUUCCCAACUUUGAUUCAUUAAAAUAUAGAGACCAGC